GUUAGAUCGGUUCGUAUACCUCAGAUUGGAGACAAAUUUAGUAGUAGACAUGGUCAGAAGGGAACUGUUGGCAUGACCUACACGCAGGAGGACAUGCCUUGGACGAUUGAAGGCGUUACUCCUGAUAUUAUUGUGAAUCCGCAUGCUAUUCCGUCUCGGAUGACAAUUGGACAGCUAAUUGAGUGCAUCAUGGGAAAAGUGGCAGCUCACAUGGGAAAAGAAGGAGAUGCGACUCCUUUUACAGAUGUCACGGUGGAUAACAUAAGCAAAGCUCUACAUAAAUGUGGGUACCAAAUGCGUGGAUUUGAGAGAAUGUACAAUGGACACACGGGCAGACCACUCACAGCUAUGAUAUUCCUUGGGCCAACGUACUACCAAAGGUUGAAGCAUAUGGUUGAUGACAAGAUUCACUCUCGUGGACGAGGUCCUGUACAAAUCUUAACAAGGCAACCAGCUGAAGGGCGAUCCCGUGAUGGUGGUCUGCGUUUUGGAGAAAUGGAACGUGAUUGCAUGAUUGCACAUGGUGCUGCCAACUUUUUGAAAGAGAGGCUGUUUGAUCAGAGCGAUGCGUAUAGG